CGCGCACACAUUCUCUAAGGUCGGUCAGGACUUCGGUGUAGCUUGACUCUGCUUUCCACCUUAAAGACUUUAUUUUAAGGAACUCACACUCCGAAGAACACGGACGUUUUGCAGUUGUCUGCUUCCGCAAAGGAAGGAGGGAGCGACUGUUUUUUUCCCCCCCGUUCUUCUUCAAAUGGGAAUUAAAUGCGCGCCUGAAACUUUGGUUCACAUUUCUUUUCAGUGACCCGUUUCGCUCGAAACAUGCUGGAGCGAAUAAGCAUUUCGGACUUUGUGGAACUGGCAAACAAGGAUUUGUCUUCUCCGGGGACUUCAACCUUUCAAUCUAAAAUGAGUGACUGUCGGAGCACAGUUUCAGCGGUAGAGGAGUCUCUGGAGAUGGACCACGUAGCUCUGCAGAGGAUGAAGAAAAUGAUCAAAGUUAUACACGCUUCUGGACUCUCACAUGUGGACAGCAAGGAGCAGUAUAUUGAUGUGUUGGAGAGCUUGGGAAAUAGUCACCUGACUCAGGACAACAAUGAAGUCUCCACAGGAUUCCUCAACUUGGCUGUGUUCACCAGAGAGGUCACAUCCCUCUUCAAAAAUCUGGUACAAAACCUAAACAACAUUAUGGCAUUUCCUCUGGAAAAUGUACUGAAGUCUGAGCUCCGGGACAGCAGAUUAGAGCUCAAGAAACAAAUGGAGAAAAGUUGGAAGGACUACGACAUAAAAAUAGUGAAGCUAGAGAAGGAGAGGAGGGAAAAGAACAGGCAGCUGGGACUGAUCAGGACAGAGGGCUCAGAUGGAGUGGAGGACAUGGAGAGAGAGAGACGGAUCUUCCAGCUGCAAAUGUGUGAGUACCUUUUGAAGUUCCAGGACCUGAAGGUGCGUCAGGGCCCUGAUCUUCUCCAGAGCCUCAUCAAAUAUUUCCAGGCCCAGCUGAGUUUCUUUCAGGAUGGACUGAAAGCUGCUGAGAAUCUCUCUCCCUUUAUCGAGAAGCUUGCGUCAUCUAUUCACAUGGUGCGACAAGACCAAGAUGAGGAGGUCAAACAACUGACACAGUUGAGAGAUUCACUUAGAUCACUUCUCCAAGUGGAGGGGAAAGAGGAGUACCUAAACAGGAAAAACUCUGGCAAUGGGUAUAGCAUUCACCAACCGCAGGGAAACAAGAAGUACGGCACAGAGAAAUCCGGUUUCCUGCUUAAGAAGAGUGAUGGGAUCAGGAAGGUUUGGCAGAAGAGAAAGUGUGGAGUCAAAUUUGGCUGCCUGACUAUUUCCCACAGUACGAUCAAUCGACCCCCAGCCAAGUUGAACCUACUGACCUGCCAGGUGCGACCCAACCCCGAUGACAGGAGGACCUUUGACCUAGUCACUCAUAAUCGGACUUAUCAUUUCCAGGCAGAAGAUGAGCAGGAAUGUUUGAUUUGGAUGUCCGUGCUGCAGAACAGUAAGGAGGAGGCCCUGAACACAGCAUUGGGUGGGGAUCAGCUUCACCUCCAGGAUAGUGGGCUCCAGGAACUUUCCAGAUCCAUUAUUGCUGAGCUUCGACACAUGCCUGGAAAUGAGGCCUGCGCAGACUGUGGAGCUCCAGAUCCAACGUGGCUGUCGACUAAUCUGGGCAUCCUGACAUGUAUUGAGUGCUCUGGUAUCCACAGAGAGCUAGGUGUCCACUACUCCAGGAUCCAGUCCCUCACUCUGGACCUACUGAGCACCUCCGAACUACUGCUGGCCGUCAGUAUUGGCAACACCCGAUUCAAUGACAUUAUGGAGGCAGGCCUUCCAAAUGACUCUGUCAAACCACUGCCACGCAGUGACAUGAAUGCCAGGAAGGAAUACAUUGUGGCAAAGUACGCUGAGCGUCGGUACGUCCUGCGCAGAGAAGAAGCAAAUCCUAGCCUGCUCUUUGAAGCCGUGAGGACCCGUGACCUCACUUUGCUUCUUCAGCUCUAUGCUGAGGGAGCAGAUCUGGCCAAACCACUCACACUCCCUGAAGGACAGGGAAUCAAGGAGACAGCGCUACAUCUUGCUGUGCGUCUGGAGGAAAGAAGCUCUCUGGCUCUUGUGGAUUUCCUCUGUCAGAACAGCAACUGUCUGGAGAAGAGAACAGCAGAGGGGAACACAGCCCUUCACUACAGCGUUCUAUAUCAUAAGCCCGAAUCUCUCAAGUUACUGCUCAAAGCAAAGGCAGCACUUCAAACAGUGAACUCAGCAGGAGAGACGGCCCUAGAUAUUGCCAGGAGACUUCAGCAUAAACAUUGUGCCGAGCUGUUGGAGCUGGCCCAGAGUGGGAAGUUUAACUCUCAGAUCCAUGUAGAGUUCAUGUGGGAGACACAGUCUCAGGAGUUCUACGACAGCGAGGAUGACCUGGAUGAGAGGGUGAGCCCGUUACCCAAAAAACGAUCUCCUACAUCAUCAAACGGGGCUGGACCUUCUUUUACCCACAGUAGUGUCAGUAGUUCCAAUGCUAGUACGAGUAGCAGACCUUGUCAAACUUAUGAGAAUAUAGACUUUCUAUAUAAAAACCCUCCAGUCAAUAGUGCCCCUGCUGGAACUUCAGUGCCUCCACCACUGCCAGCUAAAUCUAUCCAACGAGGCCGCUCUGACCCACAGAUUUCAAUCACACCUCAUGAAGGAAACCAAAUUCCACGACGCUGCUCUAACCCAUCCUCUCACUCAUCCAGUCCUCAGACACAGGCGCGGCACAACCCUUCUUCAGCGAAUACAGAAAACCAAGGCCAUGGUGGGAGACCACCUCUGCUCAGGGCACAUAGACAGACAUGGGAUGGGCAUCCUAGUCAUAGUUCUGGAUCUCAAAGUAGUGCCCCAUUAGGAUCAUCUCAGAAUCACAUAGGGCCUGUCAGUUCAGAGAAGACCACGUCAUACCGCCGCACGAGCAGUAGCGGAGGCAGCCUGGCAAAGUGUGGCAUUUUGUCUGUGAGCUCUGUGGGCAGCCAGGAGGAGCUAUACUCCACCCCAAGUGGGAAUAGUAAAGGCAUCACUCCAGCUCCUGCCCCUUCAUCCUCACCUGAUUUGACCUGCAUCCCACGACCUCGCAGGAACGCUAUGGUUUCUGGCAGCAGGCCACAUCAUAAGCGUGUCAAGGCUUUGGUGGACUGCAGAGCUGUCAGUUCUGAGCAGCUCGCCUUUUUCAAAGAUGAAAUCAUUGUGGUCAUGGCCACUAAUGACCCCCACUGGUGGGUUGGUCACAUAGAGGGGGAUCCAUCCAGGAGUGGGACCUUUCCUGUCAACUAUGUACACAAACUAACAAACUGAGGAGAGAACACAGUAUUCUUCAAGAUGGCAAAACAUCUUAUCCUUGGAACUUGAUCGUCACAAAGUGGAAUUUAUCCAGGAGUGGACAUUGUUAUUUUCCAUGGAUAUAACUCGGACUGACUUUUCCACAUGACGUCGUCUUGACCAAGGAACAUGUGAACAUGACAGUUUUAGGAGUUUAAACCAUUUUAACAUUGAGUCAUCCCUAGAAGACAAUAAAGAAACUGAAAGCUUUCAUACAGCCUAUAGAACCCUUUCUAAAACCCUAAACAUAUAUUCAAAGGAUCAAGUACUGCAUUUAAUGCUCAUUUGACCAUUAAUCAUGUAUUUGGAUUAGAAAUGCUGAAGUGUUUAUACUGAUCUAGGACUUGAACAACGAGGCAAAAUUGGUCCUUGUAGCGCAAAACCCUGUAAGGCAAUAUAAACUUUACAUGAAUCUUCAGAAGAGUUGGAAGAACUGUAAAUGUGUACAUAGCCAGCUACUGAAUUGGGAUGGAGCUUUUUUUUUCUUCACUCAAUGGAAACUGUCUAGUCUAUGAAGCCACAGUAUACUGAGGCUUGGAUAUGCGGUUUAAACCUGGUCAGUGUCUCAGUGCAACCUGCCCAGGGACGUGCCAGCCAGUCUGCCUCCCACAGGCGUCUGGACACCCCAAGGAGAGAUCAGAAACUUUAGACCAGCCAUCUUGACUCUGGGCAUAGCUCACUGGCGUCACGGAGAGUGGAGGAUCCAGUUUCUUCUGGCUCCGGGCAUCGCUUUCUGGAGAACCUGGAAUAAUGAUGGUGUUAAGGGAAAACAAAAAUAUUUCUGUACUACCACGAAAUAGCACUUUAAGAGGGCUUGUUAGGAAUAGCACCUCACUGCAGUGAUUUGUUGAGUGAACACAUGUACUUACAGACACACAGUGGCCUUCAGGUUCCUUUAGGAAAGAAAGGAAGGUGGAGAAUGGGAGAGCUUUCACUGCUCCUCUUUCUAUACCGGAAACAAAUCUUCACAUUACACAGAAUUUUAUACACUCACAACGUUUUGUAUAUGUAUAGGUGUAUAACACCUGUUUUUAUAUGUUAUGUAUUAUAAAGGGCGGUAUCAUUACAGAUAGUAUUAGUUCAUGUCACUAAUUUGAUGUCUUUUUUUUUUUUAUUUUAUUAGGUGUUUUUAAAUGACUGUAAGAGAGAAAAAAAAGAUGGACACAGUUGCAUAAUGUAUUCAUAAAGAAUUCCUUCUCACUAAACUAAAAACUUGUCAGUUUCUUCUUCUUACAGCAAAGAAAUCACA